UAUGUUACAACUUCACAAGAAUAUUUUCCUCACUUCCUCUAUUGGGCAUUCAAUACCUUCGACAUUGAGUAAAACAGAGCGCAGGACAAAUUAGAAACUCGUUUUCGUUAUAAAUGCUCACUUGCAACUACAGAAAAUGUAGACAGCUACUAGGAACCGAUGCCAUCGCCACCAGUUGUCAGCAUAUCUUCUGUGCAACACACAGUCCCCUUCAUCUGAAAACCUCCGAUGGCAUGUUUCAAUGUCCAGCCUGCAAAUCGAGAUUGCAUGAAAAUACGGAUAUAUAUGAAGUUAAUUUGAAACCGUGUGAACAGUUUCGGGGCAUGAUUCUGAUAGGACAAACUCCCGAAACAGUCCUAGACAUAUGUCGCAGAGCUAUUGGAUUCUACUCCACACAAACUGCUCAGGAAGUCAAAUAUUUAGAGUAUGCCAUUUACAAGCUCCAAGAAGAGUACAAAAGUACGGAGACUCAGUUCAAAUCUGUGCUGAGCAACUACGGGCAGAAGGUGAAAAGCCUUCAAAAUGAGAGGGAUUCUUUGCAGAAGGAGUGCGAAGAGCUGCGAGACAAGCUUGUUUCGUCAAGUCACAAACUCUCGAAGUUGGAAAGUGAUUUGAAUCAGUUGAAUUUGUCUAGAAGAUCAGAAUCCACUCACACCUGCCACUCAGGUCAUGGACUUCCUAGUUCCGGACAUUCCAAUAUGUCACCAGAUACUCAACAUCGAAAGUUUCCUAGAUGUUCACCUGACUCAACACGUCCAAGUCCAUUUAGUGGGAACAGCCGGUGCUCUCAGAUGUCUUUCUGCAGACGACAAGAACCCACCACAUCCACCAACUGUUUUCUUGCCAACAGUUCACGUCAAUCAACACCCAAUCUAGUAUUCCCUAAUCACUUCCUCAAUGGCGGAAUACGAAACUUAACCAACAACCCCCGGAAACCGCUUUAUAAAUGAGAAUGACUUUGGGAAUGUUAUGUUUUGAUAAAG